AUGACCAACCCCGAUUUGAGCGCUGAACAGGUACGCAAGAUGGCGGACCUGGUCGGCAUACCCAUCGACGACGCCGAUCUGCCCGAGGUGGCAAACCGGUUUGCCAGCCUGAUGCAGGAACUUGACCUACUGCGUCACAUGGACCUGGAGGGCCUGGAGCCCGUCACCAUCUUUCCAGACCCAGGCUUUCCCGAUGCCGAAGGAGGCUGA